ACUCCAGGAACAUGCGAGAGAGUGAGGCCCCUACUUGGAUCUAGUGAAUGGACGGUUAGGAUCACCAAUCCGUUGGGCCCACUUGUCUGUAGUCAAGGCUCGAGGAUUCCAUUUAUAUAUCCUCGGCUCCACUGUCACGAAGAGAGAGAGAGAGAGAGAGAAUGGGAGUGAUCUUGGAAGGGAAGAAGGUGAUAUUAGUACCGUACAUGAGGGAGCACGUGCCCAAGUACCACGAAUGGAUGCGGGACCCAUAUCUCUUGCAGGCCACAGGAUCCGAGCCCUUGACACUGGACCAAGAGUACGACAUGCACCUCUCCUGGACCCAGGACCCCAACAAGCACACAUUCAUUGUCUUGGAUAAGCAAAUGAUUGUUGGAGACUUUGUUCAUGGAGAUCCCCAUGUUGAAGCUAUGGUUGGUGACGUGAAUAUUUACAUGAAUGACCUUGAUGACUUACAGAUGGCUGAGAUUGAAAUAAUGAUCGCAGAACCCAAAAGCCGUGGAAAAGGGCUUGGAGAAGAAUCUGUUUUGAUGAUGAUGGCUUUUGCAGUCAAGAAUUUCGGGAUCCAAUCAUUCCGUGGUAAAAUUGGAGAAUCAAACACUGCAUCUCUUAGGCUCUUCAGGAAAUUGGGCUUUGAAGAUGCUACUUACAGUGAAGUCUUCAAAGAGGUGACUUUGGAGUUACUGGCGAGCAAGCUAAGGUGUAAUGAGCUGGUAGAUAGCAUGACCAUUCAUUCGUAGCCAUCCGUUGCCAUGUCGGUCAGUUCAAGCCAUUAGCUCAAUGUUGCAAUCUUGAGUUUGGAGGUCAGAUCUUUUUCUUUUUUCAAUUGAAGAGCUCCAACAUUGUAUUGAUACGUAAUUUGAACGGUUUAGAUCAUAUUUAUAUAACUUGUUGCUGUCCACAUUUGUAUGAUAGAGUGAGAGAUAUUGACUGUUCAGAUCGUGUUGAUGUAACUUGUUACAGUCCACAAGUAGGCUGUAGCUUAUAUGAUAAAUAUGGGAGGCUGCCUGUCCAUGUAUCUCGAAUCCGAACUGUCCAAGUGGUGAGACCUGUACAUUGGCUAUGAAUUCGAAAUCGGAUAGUUGGACACGUCUUUUAUUAUUAUUAUUAUUAUUUUGGUGGACAGUUUGAUUGAA